CCCGGACCAUGGAAUAGCAGGGCCCAGUCCUACUCGAUACCAGUGCUGCCUCUGCCACCCAUCAUCAUCGUCAUCGUCGUCAUAAUUGCCAUUGCCAUUGCCAUCGCCUCUCUUGCCAGCACCGCGGAGCCAGCAUGAGCUCCUCGGGUGGCAGCAGCAGCGCCCACAAUGGCGUAGCUACCUACACAGCUCCAUGGCCAGUCUAUGCCCUCGCAUGGUCCUCCCACACAGCCUCACCAUCGCCCUCGUCCUCUUCCUCAUCACUGCGUCAACGUGGACAUUCAUUCACCGCCCCCACUUCCCCUAGCCGCUUUGAUGAUGGGGCGCCUCCUUAUGGUGCUCGGCUGGCCAUAGGAAGUCUCAUGGAGGAGUACUCCAACUCCAUGCAAGUCCUGGGAUACAUUGGAGAGAGGGAUGCAGCAGGACAGCCGCGUCUGUCGAUGCUAGCCAAUGCCUCCCAUCCCUAUCCAGCAAGCAAGAUCGCCUUCCAACCCUCUUCUCUCUCCACUUCUUCCUCCUCUACCUCCCACUCAGAUCGAGAUCGAGACCGCAAUUACAUGUCUCCCAACUCCAAGCUAGCCAAGCGAGGCUCGUGGGGUACUGGCAACCAGAACAACAAUCUGCAGACUACUCCCUCCCCUGAGCCGCACUUGCUGCCCAACGAUGAAGCUCACGAUGGAUUUCCCAAUCGCGAAUUGCUGGCUUCAACGGCAGACUGUUUGCGGAUAUGGGAAUGUGCGAGGAAUGCAGAUGGAGGACUGUCGUCACCUUGGGGCUCGGAUCAGUCUCUCAAUGCGGGAUCGGCCGAGGAUGAAGAGGCAUCUGCUGGGCUGGGGAGUGGGCAGAAUGGCUUCGUGGGCUGGAGAGGCAGGAGUGGACCACCUGGCAAGACACGGUUCAACUUAAGGGAGAAGAGUGUAUUAGCACAUUCCAAGUCCUCGACGUCCCCACCGGCUCCCCUCACCUCGUUCUCCUGGAAUCAGCCCUCCCCAAAUCUCAUCGUCACCUCUUCCAUCGACACGACGUGUACGGUCUGGGAUCUCCCCACCCGAACAGCCCUCACCCAAUUGAUAGCCCACGAUCGAGAGGUGUAUGACGUCGACUGGUGCCCCGGUUCCAGCGACGUUUUCGCCUCAGUAGGAGCCGAUGGCUCCGUGCGUGUCUUUGACUUACGGUCAUUGGAGCACUCGACGAUCAUCUACGAGACUGCUGGUCCACCUCCGCCCAGCUCUAGCUCGAGACCAGGGACAGGCAUGUCCACCAGUUCCUCUUCCCGCAAUGGCUCUACUGCAGGAGGCGGAAGUGGACCUGCUGCCCCCUUGCUACGAAUCGCCUUUAAUCCCUGGGAUGCAAAUUACCUCGCCACUUUCCACUUGGAGUCCGAUUCGAUUCAAAUUCUAGACGUACGCGCUCCUGGUCUGCCCAUCUUGGAGCUCAAAGGUCACAAGGGAAGUAUAAAUGCCGUUGCCUGGGGUCCCCCUUCGCUCGCAGGUCUCGGAUCUUCCCAUUCCCUUACCACUACUCCCGGAGGCUCAUCUUCUACAAGCAGUACCGGAUCAUCCAUUUCAAAGGGUAUGAUCUGUACAGCUUCAGACGACGCUCAAGUCCUCGUGUACGAUCUAGCCUCCAGCACGCUCCGCUCCGCCUCUGCUCAAGGUAGGCGCUCCCGUAGCUCCACAGCCCAAGCAGCAGCAGCAGCAGCCGCGGCCGCCGCCGCACAAGCUUCACCCGGCGGUGCCGGUGCCGGUGGUGGUGGUGGUGCCGGUAGUGGUCGACCACACUCCCUGAGCAAGAGCAUCUCCUCUGCCUCUCUCUCCUCUGCAGGUGCAAGCAGUAGUCUCUGGGGAGCUGGAAUCCCCAUUGAAGCACCCUUCAUGGCGUACGAAGCACCAGAUAUGGUCAAUAACGUAGCGUGGUUUAGACCUGCGGGAUUCUCCCCUUUCUCCUCCUCUUCCUCUUCUGCUGCUACUGGGGGAGGGACACAUGGUCGAAGUGCCUCGAUUGCAGCAGAGUGGAAUGAAUACACGGGAAACGCUAAAGGCGCGAGUGCGAGUGGUGGACAGAAUCGCAGGGAGGAUUGGAUGGUCUGUGCUGCCGGGAGGGAAUUGAGGGCAUUGAGAGUUGCCUGACACCUCAAGGAAGGUAGGAAGGAAGGAAGGAAAGGACCUGUAGAUAUGAAUACGAAUUGGAUUAUAGAUUGUCGUCGUCGUUCGUCGUCACAUCCCCAGCCACCACCACUAUCAGCUAAGACUGGGUGAUCAGUGACCAGUGACCAGCAGCUCUCCAGCCAGUGAAUGGCAGCACGUACGGCACAAGCGUUCUUC